AAAUCGUCACCUCAAAGCCCAAACCCUAACAGCAGCACUCCACUCUCUCAUCUCCCCGCCGCGCCACAACACAACAACCGCCGCCAUGGGUCGCGUUAGGACUAAAACCGUGAAGAAAUCAUCCAGGCAGGUCAUCGAGCGCUACUACGCGAAGAUGACGCUCGAUUUCCACACCAACAAGAAGAUUCUGGAAGAGGUCGCCAUCAUCCCAUCGAAGCGCCUCCGCAACAAAAUCGCUGGAUUUUCAACCCAUCUGAUGAAGCGGAUCCAGAAGGGGCCGGUCCGCGGCAUCUCUCUCAAGCUGCAGGAGGAGGAAAGGGAGCGCCGUAUGGACUUUGUUCCCGACGAGUCGGCGAUCAAGGUUGACCGCAUUGAGGUCGACCAGGAGACUGUGGAUUUACUGGAGUCGCUGGGAAUGAAGGAUCUCCCUGGGGUCGUCCUCAGAGAGGAGGAUGGGGCUAUUGGAGGCGCGCCUCAAGUCAGCUACGGCCGCGGAGGUGGUGCCAGGCGCUAUUGAACAAGUUUUUUUAGGUUAAAUUUAUGGUUUAUGUUUUUCGGUCAUAUCUGUUUCGGAUAAUUGAUACUCCUUGUUUGUUCUUGGUUUGAACGGUCUCAUCUGAUGAUUUUAAGAUGAUUAUCUGAUGUUUGUUAGAUGAACUUAAAUCUUCCUAAUAUGAAUUUUGAUAUUAUAUGAUUGA